AUGGACGCACCCAGUGAUCUGUGUUACGCGCCAGUGCACACUGCGGGACUUGGUGCGAAGCUCUGUGCAGAGUUGACCGAGCCGCCAGAUGUUGUGAUUCAUGCUGCAGCGGAAAGGAGAACUGAUGUUGUGGAGAGAGACCCACAGACGGUACAAAAACUCAAUGUAGGUGCCACAGCUGUGAUUGCUUCAGUUUGUGAGAAACUUGGCAUCUUACUGAUAUACAUCAGUACAAACUAUGUCUUUGAUGGGACAAAACCUCCAUAUAAACCCUCAGAUGCCCCCAAUCCACUCAACAAGUAUGGCCAGAGCAAGCGUGAUGGAGAAAUAGCAACUCUUGAACACUAUCCCAGAGCAGUGAUCUUAAGACUACCCCUCCUCUAUGGAAGCAUAGAGAGAUUGAAUGAGAGUGCAGCGACCUAUCUCCUACAUCAGAUCCAGGAUACUAGUAAGGUCCAGGAUCUGUGUGACUACCAGCAGAGAAGACCAACUCAUGUCAGGGAUGUGGCCUCAGUGUUACUCCAACUGGCCCAGAGGCACUGUAAGGGAGAAAGGGUCUCUGGUAUCCUGCAUUGGAACACCUCUGAGCAACUCACUCGAUAUCAGAUGGCUCUUAUUAUCACUGAUGUCUUCAAUCUCCCCAGGAUCAUCUCAUCGCAAACCCGGAUCCCCCUUCUGCUGGCACGCCACGCCCCCACAAUGCAUCCAUGGACAUCUCAGCUGUAA